AUGUCCUACACUGUUAUCUCCUCCGGUCCCUCUCCGUACGCCCGCAAAAUCCGCAUUGCUCUCUUAGAGAAAGACAUUCCCUUUACGCUGAAGACCGAAACACCAUGGCACAGCUCUACUGAAACCCCGCUUUACAACCCUUUGGAAAAGCUCCCAAUCCUGAUCUCGCCAGACGGCAAAGACGCCGUCUAUGAAUCCCACUAUAUCCUAGAAUGGCUCGAGGCUCGAUUUCCAAGUCAGACACCAUUGCUGUCGAAGGACACAGACGAAGCCUUAUUGGCGAAGCAGAUCGAGGUCGUAGCAGACGGCGGAGAGGGGAAGAGAAGUGAUGAAUGGGCGGCACGGCAGCAGAGGAAGAUUGAUGGAGGGUUUCGGGCACUAGCAGAGUGGUAUGGGGAAGGUGAGGGCAAAGAAUUCUUCGUUGGAGGGAAAUUUGGGCUUGCAGAUGUGGCAGCUGGGAGUUUGAUGGGGUGGUUGAAGAGUCAAUUUCCGGACCUGGAAUGGAGGAGGAAGUAUCCGAAGUUGGAGAGAUAUCUGGAUCGAUUGGAGGAGAGGGAGAGUUUCAAGAAGAGCCGCCCGGGAGGGAUGGAUUUGGAGAUUGAGAAGAUUGUAUGA